CAUUCACAUGGUCAGGCACCAGUCUCUGACUCGCUCUACUCCUCUCGGUCUUGCAAAAUGCCCCCGAACAGUGUCCAUUCUGCAACAUUCUCAUCAAAUUCAUCUGCUGGGCAAUUUUUCAACAGAGGCAUAUUGUUUAUACAAACAGAACAAGUUGAAUAAAGCAUUGGAGUCUUUGAAAGUCCAAGAGAGAAAUUCUGAAACCAUGCUGUUAGAAUCACAAAUUCUUUUUUGUAUGGGGAAAAUGGGUGCUUGUGUUGAUGUCUAUCAGAAGCUUCUAAAGUCCAAGAUUGAUUCCCUGGAAAUAAACCAUGUUGCUGGUUUGGUUUUGGGUGGGAGAGCUUCUGAAGUGCUAGGAAUGAUGGAGGCAAAUCGGAUUAAAGCAUCUAGCAGUUUUGAACUGGCAUACAACACUGCUUGUUCUUUGAUUGAAAGGAAUAAGUACAUAGAAGCAGAACAAAUUUUGCUGACAGCUAGAAGGUGAUGCACUAGUUUGUUUUCAAAAAUUGCUCUCUACUUAUUGAAUAGCCCUAAAAAUGAUCAUAUAAAUUAUAAUAUUUGUUUGGUUAAUGCCAUUCUGCAGAAUGCUUCAGCUGCAGAACGCCAUUCUACAGAAUGGCUGCAGCUGGAGAAUGCUUGCCAUUCUGCAGAAUAGCGGCAACUGCAGAAUAGCAUUCUGCAGCUGUAGAAUGCCAAUAUUCAUUUAUUUUUGUAAAAUUUUCUAAAUUGAUACUUAUAUAAUGUAAAAUUUGCAAUUCCAAAAUAAGAUAUCGAUUAAAUACAUGGACAGUAGGUUUAUAAACGGAUACCUAUAUAAUCUAAAAUUUGUUUUGUUGGAAUAUUUUCUAAUCAUAUUGUUGAUCUAUUGUUGUGUUUACAUAUUGUUCCACAUAUUGUGCAUAGAGAUAUCAAAGCUAGUAAUAUAUUUCUCAACAAAUGGUGUUUACAUGGGUAUGGAAAUGGUGUUCCUUACCUGCUAGAGAUAUACGACUAUGGACCCCCUUUUCAUUUAUCUUUCCACAAUUUUAGGAAGGGAGAAAGCAAUAAGAACUAUUUCUUGAAGAAGAUACAAUUUUUGUAAUGUCUUCUGGCCUUCUUUUUUAUAAAACAUUUUCCACUAGAAAAUCUUGUUAAGUAUGGGUUACAUUUUUGAAUUCUGUCAAGUGUAGAACCCUUUUUAAGAUCAUUGUCUGGUGUAACCUUUACCCAACCUUAACAAGUUUGGAACUAGUAGUUUGGAAAUGAGAUGAAAUUAAGUUGAGUGGAUUGCUUUAUUUUACCACAAUAAGAAUGAUUCUUACUAAAAAAAUAUGAAAUAAAUAGCUUGGAAGAAUUGAAUCGGUAAAGUUAGUUAGCAAUUAUUAUAUCGCAUCAAUGUUGGUCAUUUCUAAUGUGUUGAUCGGUGAAUGUAAUUAAUCGUGAAUAAUUAGCCGUUAGUACAUAUGAAUAAUUACUUUAGCUAUUAUGCGUGCAACAUGAAUCAACAGGAGGUUUAGUCAUAUGCGAUGUUAGUACUUUGUCGUGAAUUUGAAAUUUAUUUUAUCAUAUAAAUUUAUUUUUAUAUGUUUUUAAAAACUUAUUAUUUGAUUAUAUUUAAUUAUUAUUUAUAAUUAUUGUU